AUGUUUGCUAAGAUUGUAGCUCUUACCGCCGUUGUAGCCUGCGCAAGCGCCGGGUUUAUUGGUGGAUUAGGUGGACAUGGACUAAUCGGUGGACAUGGAUUAGGAUACGGAGCAGUGUCUGUAGCACACGCUGCCCCAAUAGCAGUUGCAGCUCAUGCUCCUGCCCACGAAACUGUAGACUACUAUGCUUACCCAAAAUAUGAAUUUAACUAUGGAGUAGCUGACGGUCACACCGGAGAUCAUAAAUCACAAAAAGAAGUACGUGACGGUGACGUAGUUAAAGGUUCUUAUACUGUAGCCGAGCCUGAUGGUACUCUUCGUACUGUUCAUUACACCGCAGAUGAUCAUAAUGGCUUCAACGCUGUUGUCACCAAAAGCGGACAUGCAGUUCACCCACAAGUUGUAACCAAAGCUGUAGCUGUAGCUCCAGUAGCUUAUUCAUUAGGACAUGGUGGUUACGGAGGACAUGGUUACCAUUAAUGAUCUCAAUUGGCUAGAAAUGUUGCUCAUAUAUGUAUAUACCUCAUCGGUUGUGUAUCAUUAGUGUUGUUCUUCUCUUAUCGUUAAUGUAUCUCAUUUUCGCCAUAUUUAUUUCUUAUAAUCCAAUAAAAGACUAUCGUUCGUAUGA